AUUAGACGUUCUUGAAUGCAUCAAACUCACAAGCUUUCCACAUGAAAUCAAGAUGCCAUCUCUUCAAGAGUUUAAUAUUAGUGAUUGCAAGAGUCUUGAAUACUUCCCAAAAGUCGUGGGAAACAUGGAUCCACUGAUGUAUAUUAAUGCAGAAGGCAGUGCUAUUAAUGAGCUCCCAUCAUCUAUUGGAAAUCUUCCAAGGCUUCGUUCUUUAAAUUUAAGAUCUUGCAGAAAUCUUAGAGGGCUUCCAAACAGCUUAUUGACAUUACAUAAUCUUGGAGUGCUUCUAUUAGGAGACAUAAAACCUCAUGGAAGAAAAUCUUUGAAGAAAUUAAUGCAAGAGAGCCAACCACCGACUAUUAGCUGCACGAAUUUAGAUCGCUUGGAACUCCAAAAUUGUGGUCUAUUGGAUGAUCUUCACCUAAUUCUGAAAUGUUUUCGAAAUGUGAGAUACUUAAAUCUAUCAAGGAAUGAUUUUGUAUCCCUUCCCGAGUGCAUUAAGGAGUGUGCUUAUUUGGAGAGACUAGAUCUGAGUGCCUGCAAGAGGCUAAGAGACAUACCAGAGUUACCAUUAACUCUGCAGAGCAUAGCUGCAGAUAAGUGCAUGUCAUUAACUUUGGAGUCGAUACGUCAUUUAUGGUCUCAGGCAAAAGAGGGCUUUCGCGUGGAAAUCGUUAUGCCAGCAAUAUCAUUUCCUGAUUGGUUACACUUUUGUUGUAAAGGUGGCAAAUUGUCUUUUCGUGUCCGUGGAAAUUUCCCACAUGUCCUCAUCGCAUACAAGACAGGGAAGGCAAACACAAGUGGGAUAUACACAUUAGAAGUUUUUAUGAGGAUCAAUGGUAGUAAAAAAAUGCCAUGGGUACAAAGUGAUCGUGAUGCAAGAGAAAAGGGUCGUUUUGUGCUUUCUGUAGGAUAUCAAGCUCAUGUAUUCUUCUAUGAUCUACUAAGUGAUUUUAGUGAAGAAGAGUUGGAGGAGCUUAAUAAGUUUUUGGAUUUGGAAUGGAAUGAUGUGGACAUACAAGUUACGUCUGACUCACCAGCUGAUAUGUCCAUAAUUAACUGUGGUAUUUAUGUCAAUAAGCAACAGACAAGUAUGGAAAAUGUUCAGUUCAAGUCUCCUUUGCGUUCCAUGAAUGCUUCAAGAGCUUCGCUAAAACGAAGAGCAGUAGCUUCUCAUCCCAACGAACCACCCAAGAAGCACUUGAGAAGGUUCAAAGAGAAGAUCAAUUGCACAAGAAGGACAAGGCAACCUAAGCCACACCGAAUUUUCCAUUCGCAGUGCAAGAGAAGGAUGUUUUUUCCUAUGUCUAAGCAUCUUUUGAGAGCUUUGUAUUCUUAGGUAUCAA